GUAUAUCUCCUGAGCUCGACGAAUCAUCCUCAUCCGUAAGGAACAGCGUUUAGGGUUAAGGUAGCGGUUGCCAAUAGCAGAGCAAUUAAUGGAAGAAAUCACGGAAGGAGUUAACAACAUCAAUUUGGGCGGUGACCCACACAAGAGGAACCGGAUUCAAGUCUCCAACACCAAAAAACCCUUGUUCUUCUAUGUCAAUCUCGCUAAGAGGUUUAUGCAACAACACAAUGAGGUGGAGCUUUCUGCUCUUGGCAUGGCUAUUGCAACAGUUGUUACAAUUGCAGAGAUUCUGAAAAACAAUGGUUUUGCUGUUGAGAAGAAGAUUAUGACCUCGACUGUGGAUAUGAAGGAGGAUUCAAGAGGCCGACCAGUCCAGAAAGCUAAGAUAGAGAUCCUGCUGGGGAAGACUGAAAAAUUUGAUGAAUUAAUGGCAGCGGCUGCAGAAGAAAGAGAUGUUGCAGAUGGAGAGGAGCAGAAUUGAAAACAGAUUCCAUUUCUUAAGUUAGUAUUUAGCAGUCUGUUUUUUGUGUUCGCACUGGUUGAGAGCCCAGAAACUUAAUUUAGGUUUUUUUAAUUUAAUUUAAUUUUUUUUUUAUUGUAGGUAGCUGACAUAUUAUGGUUCACCUCUAAAGCACACUAGGAGAAAUACUUGCUUGUUAUUCAAUUCAAUUUUGUUAACUUAAUUAUUUUGUGUUCAAACAUCGACAUCUUGCUAUUAUUUUGGAAUUUGCUUUAUAGUUCAUUAACUU